UAAUUGGAUCAGCUCCCGGUUGUUGAUUAUAUGCUCCGUCUUGCGCGACCCCGCGGCCCUUUGUCGCGACAGCGCUUGCUGUCUUGAGUAACCUGAAUCCCCGAGCCCGACGCCGGAGGGCGAGAUGAACGCGCUGGCCUCCCGAGCCGUCGGGACCUGCGAUCGCUUGUGGAAGACCGAGCCGGCGCUCCUGCCCCCGGGCUGACGCGCAGCCCCGAGCCGCCCAGACUGAUGGCCCCAGGCCAAGCGCCCCAUCACCCCUCCCCCUGGAGGGAUGCCCACCCCUUCUUCCUCCUGUCUCCGCUGAUGGGCCUUCUCAGCUGGGCCUGGAGCCACCUGAGGGGCCCAGGAUCUCCAGAGCCCUGGCUGGCGGAGGCAGUAACGAGUGCACAUCGGGCACAAGCUGGCUUGGAGGGCGUAACUAAGGCUUCUCUGGCCACCCACCAUGCCCCCUGGGGCAGGCGCCCUCAAGAGGAGGGUGGAGACCCUGGAGCCGCUGAGGAGGAUAGAGAAGCAUCGUGGGGGGCCUGCCCUGACUGGAAAGCCAACACUUCUCCUCUUGAAGCCUGGGGACUUUCAGAUGAUGAAGGCGAGGAGGAAGCCACCGAGGUCCCUAGAGAGCAGGGAAGUGAGUUUAUAGAUGGCCGGCCUGCUCUCAGGUCCCCCAGCCUUCUGAUAAGAACCUUGCAAGACGACCCUCCGAGGGAGGAGGAAUCUGCGGAAGGAGGAGUUGCUGAAGAUAAAGAAGUGGUCACAUUCUCUUUUCCUCCGUUCCACUGGGAGUGUUGUCCAGGGGUGGAGGAGGAGAAGGAGGGAGACUCUAUAAACAAAGAAAGUCCCAGAACAUCCACUUGCCCCUUAUCUCCAGGAUCCAAACCCAGGGCUUGGGUGGAUUGCUCAUGGGAGGAGGAGAAUCAAGCCACAGAGGAAGAAAGAAGAGAGAGUAGAGAAGCCACGAAGACCUCCGUAUCCCCCUCAACUGCAGGCUCCCAGCCCAGGCCCUGGGAGCGUUGUUCAGGAGCCGAGUCCGAAGAGGAGGAUGACGAAAAGGCUGAGCGAGGAGAAGCUGACCCAGAGCCACUCUCUUCAGUUCUAGCCCAGAGGCCCCUGCUCAGGACGAGGCAGCAUCAACCCAGUAAGAUCACAGAGGAAGAAGACGAAGAGCAAGAUGAAUUCAGUGAUUCAGGAGCAGCUGAGGAAGAGGGAGAAGCUGAGGGUCCCUCGUCCAUCCCCUCUACGAGUGCCUUCCUCAGGGCCUGGGUGUAUCGGCCAGGAGAGGACACAGAGGAGGAGGAGGAGGAAGAUGAACUCAGUGAUUCAGGAGCAGCUGAGGAAGAGGGAGAAGCUAAGGGUCCCUCUUCCAUCCCCUCUACAAGUGCCUUCCUCAGGGCCUGGGUGUAUCGGCCAGGAGAGGACACGGAGGAGGAAGAGGAAGAGGAGGAAGAUGAACUCAGUGAUUCAGGAGCAGCUGAGGAAGAGGGAGAAGCUAAGGGUCCCUCGUCCAUCCCCUCUACAAGUGCCUUCCUCAGGGCCUGGGUGUAUCGGCCAGGAGAGGACACAGAGGAGGAGGAGGAGGAAGAGGAGGAAGAUGAACUCAGUGAUUCAGGAGCAGCUGAGGAAGAGGGAGAAGCUGAGGGUCCCUCUUCCAUCCCUCCCACAAGUGCCUUCCUGAGGGCCUGGGUGUAUCGGCCAGGAGAGGACACAGAGGAGGAGGAAGAGAAUGAGGAUGAAGAUGACUCAGAAGCAGCUGUCUCAGGGCCAAGUCCCUCCCUUCAGGCCCAGAGUGCCCUUCUCCGACCUGGAGAGGAGACAGAGGGAGGGGAAGCUGCUGAGGAGUGGGGAGAAGCUGAGCCCAGCCCCUUCCGAGUGGCCAUCUAUCUGCCUGGAGAGAAGGCACCACCUCCCUGGACUCCUCCUCGGCUGCCCCUCCGACUGCAAAGGCGGCUCAAGUCCACAGAAACCCCCACCCGGGAUCUGGAGCCUGAGACCCCGCUAAAGGCCAGAAAGGUGUGCUUCUCUGAGAAAGUCACCAUCCAUUUCCUGGUCGUCUGGGCGGGACCAGCCCAGGCUGCCCGCCGGGGUCCCUGGGAGCAGCUCGCCCGGGAUCGCAGCCGCUUUGCCCACCGCAUCGCCCGGGCCCAAGAGGAGCUGGGCCCCUGCCUCACCCCUGCUGCCCGGGCGAGGGCCUGGGCACGCCUCAGGAACCCUCCUGCUUCUCUGGCCACCAUACCUGCUGCUACCCAUGCCUUCCAGACGUCCUCCAUCCAGGCCAUGCCCUUGAGCCAUGCUGUGGCCUCUCCCUCCCCUCCUUAUGUGUCUAUAUCUCCUUGCCUGGACCUCAGUGGGAGGCGUGGCUAAGAUCAUGUGGUUUGCAUGUUAUUAACUAUUUAUUUUUUUUAAGUGUUGGUUAAUAUAAGGAAUAAAGCCUUUUGAUUUGUA